CUCUUUUUCAUUCUCUUUUCCCCUCCUUCCAUCAAUGCCUUCUCCUAGCGCCCUUCCUAUUGUUACAAGAGGUUCGUCGAUAGAUCUUGCUGAGGCUUCUCUCAACUCUACGGACUUAUAUUUCCAGAAGACCUCUUCGGGCGCUACAUUAGAGUUAGUAGAAUCAAAUACAAUUGAGCGCUAUCUUGUUCCAAAGUUCAAGUUGCUAGGAUCAAAUAUCUGGGAGGAGCAUCUAAUCGACCAAUACCUCCAUAGCGCAGAGACGUUGCAGCAGUUGUUUGGACUUAAAGUGCUCUCUGCCAGUCCCGAGAUUCUAGUGGAAGAGGAGGUUAAUAAGUUUCAAAAGGAAGUCCUUGCGAAUUGGAUCUCAAGCCAUGAAGAACACUUAAAGCAGAACGCAGACAUCAAGACUGCUCAGGUGAUUGACGGUAUCCUAUUGCUGGUGCCUAAAGGGGUGGAGGUGCCCUUGUCUGUGGCCUUGACUCCUUCGCUUUGGAAAGUCAAGGAGGCUGUUGAGAGUUGUACAUCAUAUAUAGAAUGGAAGGGAAGCGACUGCAACGAUGAGCUUGACAUAAAUACUAAGGCUCACUUCCAGUUUAAGUAG